UUACUAUCAGUUUGGACCAUAACUUUCUACGGAUUCCAGAACAAUGCGACGAAUCACUUGCUGCUUUCCGAUAAAAAUUCACCGAAGACAACCACCUAGUCCACCAUCAACUAUCACAUUGAGCAGUUAUGAGUACAGUUCACUCGCUGUCGGAAUCAUUUCCGAUUUGAAAGAAGAGGGUUGUGAUACAUUACUUGUCAAGCUUCAGAAGGAUGCCAAUCGGAAAAUCGGAAUGGGAGUCGGGGUAAGAGAUCGUGGAAUCCUCAUAACCACUGUAGUACCUGGAUCGGUUGCCGCUGAGAAAUUGAAAGUUGGAGAUCGUAUUUUGGCGGUCAAUGGACGUCCAAUUUUGGAUCAGCGCUCGGUGGUGAAAUCGGUCAAAGCAUCUGGUCAACGACUGUAUCUUCAAAUCGCCCGUCCUCACAAGGUACAUAAAUAAUGGUCCCUAUAUUUUAAUUAUUGCGCUACGAACAGUUUCUUUUUAUCUUCUAAUUAUUUGAAAUCGUAUAUUUCUUCCCAAAAAUUAUUUUCCAAAAGGCUAAUUUCAGCAAAAAGCCUCAACCAACCUCAUCAACUUUUUUUGGCAUUACCAAAGUUUCUAAAAUUUGUUGAAGUUUGCUGCAAGAAAUUGAUAAGAUACAAUAAUUAUUUCCCCAACGAACCCUUUAUCUGUACCAAAAUUCAAAUCUCGCAUUGUAACGGAAUGCACUUACUUACUGUUGUAGAUUUUAUCCGUCAAAAAAUCUAUUUUGCUAGCAAUUUCACCUCCUCACACACGCUAUAACAUUUUUUUUCCUGACUAACCUCAACAGUUUUAUUGUAACGAUCUUAAAAAAUUAUUGAACUUCCUGGUGGGAGGUUACUCGACUAAUUGGAAUAUUUAUGAAAUAUUAAAAAAAAAC